UGACAGACGGCCCCAUGGUCAAGACAAGCGAGAAGCUGUACCGGAUCCUAGCCUUUGGGGACAGCCUUACCACAGGAAAUACAGGAGGUGAGCUAAAUGAAGCUAUGGACAAGCCUUACACGAUUCACCUCUCGAAACUACUGAGAGACAACCACCCUGACUACGCGUUCAAGGUAGACAACAGAGGGAUUUACGGCGAGUUGGUUUGCGGUGAAAUGACAGAAAGAUUACCUAAGGUUUUACAUGAAAGCGGACCGUACGAUUUAGUGAUUAUUUUGGGAGGAACCAAUGACAUCAUUGAGGCUAAGAAAGGUUUAGAAGAUUCACUCUUUGAAGGAAUAACAAACUUACAUGCUGCGGUCGUAAGUCACGGCGCAAAGGUCAUUGUGCUUACAAUUCCAGAAACUGACCUUUACUUCAAAGAUCUUAGGGAAAAUGGUUUUUGUUGGGUCAAGGAAGAAGGAGAAAACAUUCGUUUGUUGGUAAAUGAGAAACUAAGGGAAUCUAUUGAGAGGAAUGAUGAAAACGUUCACAUCACUUUAUGUGACUUUGCCGUAAAGUUUCCUCAACAAAGCUUGUGUGACAAGGAUUUGCAGGAAUUAUGGAGCGAUGGUUUGCAUUUUGAAAAAGGCUACAGUAAGAUGGCAGAAAUAAUCUAUGAGGACAUGAAGCAUCUUUUCACGUCCAGAAUGACACAAAGAGAAUAAUUUUAACUUUUUUAUUCAGGUACUUAUAUGUUUUUCAAUUAAUAUACACGCAUAUCUAUAAUGAAAUGUUCUUGAGGUCUAGUGUAGUUCAAUGAUGUGCUUGUAAAUGAUGUCCAGCCAAUGAGUUUCUUGCACUCUUUGACACUGAACAAAUUGAUUUAACUUGCCGAGUUGAGCAACCAUUUAAUACCAGGCAGGACUCCAUCGAGGUUUUCAACACAAGCUGAAUUUACCUAAAAGGUAAUAAUAACAUUUUUCAUGCUUUGUUCAAAGGCAAAAACAGAGCAUUAAUGAACAGUAAAUGAGAAUUUCCAAAAUUUUUGGUUUAGAGCUGAUGAAUAUUAAACAAAUUUGCCUCCCAAUAAAUUUUUUCUUUUUUUUAAUGAAAGCUGAAGAAAAAAAUAGAAAGAAAGAGAGAUUCCCAGCAGUCAUGGACCUUUCUUA